GUCAAGACCACCCUUGCUCUACCUCCUCCUCCACUCCCAACGCCUCAACUCCAAACCAACACACACCCAUAAAUCCACAACACAUAACCCCUCUUUUUCCAGAAGCAGCAGCUAGCUAGCUAAGCUUAGUAUCAAGCUGCACCCAUGGCGCCACCGCUACGCCGGCCAUACGCCUCUCUACUGCUGGCAUCUGUCCUGCUCCUCUCCCUUUCCUUCUACCACGCAGCGAGAGGCGCACGGAACCAGGCUGCAGCCCAGCACCGCCAUGGAGAUCAGGUGGACCUGGACACCGGCGACGAGGAUGCCGCCGCGGUAGACGAACGGUGCGGCGGCGGAGGAGGAGGAGGGGAAGUGGAGGAGUGCUUGAUGAGGAGGACGCUGGUGGCGCACACGGACUACAUCUACACCCAGGGAGGGAACCACAACUAGCACAUAUAUGCAUGCAGCCCCUCUGCAUAUAUGCAGUGAUUCCAUCGGUUCAUUGCUUUGUUGUGAUUGAAAUCAUCGUAUGUGUAUGUACAAUCCAUGGGCAAUUAGAGUUAUUUCUACGAAUGUGUUUUCAUCAGAGAGAUAUAUAUUACUGGCAUUUUGUUUUUGGGAUGAAUUGGGGUGCUCAGCUGUAUACUAGUUGGUGAGGAAUCUUGUUGUCUUGUUGCU